CAUCUUCCAGUCUGCCAGAAGCCAGGUGGAAUACUUUGCAGAAGCUCUCGUCCGGCUCCUCGCAGUCUCCUUGGACUCUAUGCUGGGCAUACAAGCCUCCUUGAGAAGUCCGGCAGGGCGUCUCCUAGAAACGGGCUUUCGGAAUGCCCGCCCUCACUCCCUCUGGCGCCCAUCGCAUCGCACGCGGCCAUUCCAGCACAUCCCUGUACUCGCGUCCAAUCUGCCGCGCUGGCGAGCGUAUUCGACCCAGAAAGAUGCCCUCGAGAAGCCACGGCCUCCCCCUAGACCGUCAAUAAUAUCCCGCUUCUUGCCGGAGAGCAUGAAGGCGUCGGAUAAUGCGUCGUCGCUUGGAAAGAUAGCAUCGUUGGCCCGGGAGGAGAAGAAGCCGCUCACGAUUGCUGUUGGGCUGCUGCUGGUGUCCUCCUCCGUGGCUCUCAGUGUGCCGUUCACGAUUGGCAAGCUCAUUGACUUUUUCUCAUCGGCAAAUCCACAAUUCCCUCUCGGGAUAUCCAUGUGGCAGGCGUCUGCGCUACUGCUGACCAUGUUCACUGUCGGAGCUGCUGCCAAUGCAGGCCGAGCAUUGCUUAUGCGCAUGUCGGGCCAACGGAUUGUCGCACGGCUACGAGAACGGACGUAUGCAGCUGCUCUCGAACAAGAGGUGGAAUUCGUUGAGAAGGGUGAGGGAGAUGUUCUGAGCCGACUGAGUGUGGAUACGAGUAUCGUCGGAGAGAGCGUCACCCAGAACUUAUCCGACGGGUUACGCGCUGUUGUGAUGUCCACAGUCGGAUUGGGCGCCAUGCUCUAUCUUUCUCCGAAACUCACGAUGCUCAUGCUUGUGGUCGUUCCACCUGUGUCACUGGGCGCUGUCUUCUACGGUCGCUACCUCAAGAAGCUGUCGAAUCAGACGCAAGAGGCUGUCGGUGAGAUGACCAAAGUCGCUACGGAAUCGCUGUCGGCUCUGCGAACGGUUCAAGCAUAUAAUGCUCACGAACAAGAGCGCGCAAAGUUCCAUCAACGCAUCAACUCGGUGUUGGAUCUCGCUCAAAAGGAGGCGAAUGCGACGGCCAUUUUCUGGGAGCACUGGGUGGAGCGGCAAUGUGACGAUCCUGGCUUUGCUUGGGUAUGGUGGAACACUAGUCUCACAAGGUCAAAUCUCGGUCGGCGACCUCACGAGUUUGCUUUUGUACACGCUCUACGUGGGCAAUGGGCUAUCCAUGCUUACGUCCUUUUUCUCUUCGAUCAUGCGUGGGAUAGGUGCAGGGACGCGUGUCUUUGAGCUGCUUGACCGGUCCCCAGCCAUCCCUCCGAACAAGGGGCUCGAGAUCUCCCCAAAUCGCCGGGGCGUUCUCAGAUUUGAGAAAAUCAAGUUUGAGUAUCCAAGUCGGCCAGGGAUCGACAUCUUGAAGAACUUCGACCUGGAAGUCGGCACAGGCGAAAGUGUGGCUAUCGUAGGCAAGAGCGGCGGCGGCAAAUCCUCGAUCCACUCACUCCUGCUUCGAUACUAUGAUCCCGCCGAGGGCAAGAUUACGUAUGACGGUCAAGACAUCCGGGAGUUCUCCGUAGCUUCGUGGAGGAACGUGAUUGGGGUGGUCCCCCAAGAUCCUGUCCUCUUCACGGGCACGAUCGCGACGAAUAUCGCGUACGGCAACGCGAAUGUCACUCGGGAACAGAUCGAAGAAGCUGCCCGCGAAGCCAAUUGCGAUUUCGUCUGGGGCAUGCCGCAAGGAUUCGACACACCCGUGGGUCGCCUGAGUCUGAGUGGCGGGCAGCGGCAGCGGCUUGCUAUUGCUCGUGCUUUGCUCAAGAAGCCUGCUUUGUUGGCUCUCGAUGAAGCGACAAGCAGUCUGGAUGCUACGUCCGAACACAGGGUCAAUGAUGCUAUCGAUAAGAUCUUGAGGAAUCGGUCAACGACCUGUCUGUUCGUGGCCCAUCGCUUGUCCACCAUUGCGAGAGCCGAACGGAUCGUCGUAUUGGAAGAUGGUCGGAUUGUUGAAACAGGGACGUAUCGUCAACUGGUAUCCCGUCCUGACUCGCGAUUCCGCAAUCUGAUGGCUGCACAACUGAAUGCUGCAUCCGAUGGGACGGAACAGUCCGACUCAUCGUCCGACGAUGGAUCGGAACAGUCCGAAGAGCUCGCAGAGGAACCGGCGUCAACUGCGGCCCACCACGCUUGAUAUGUCGGUGUACGAUAUGAUAUAUAGGAUCUGGUCACCCACUGACAUGUCGGUACAUUGUAGCCACAAUCAUUUGCAUACUGUUAUAUUUACAGAUAGAUAAUAUUAACCAACAGCCGCUCAAUCAUAGAACCUCGUGGGACCCACGCUGAAGAAGUGCCGCAGCGCUCCCUUCCCUCCAACUCCAACUUGCCCUCCCAUGGACUCUGCGAUCACUGCGACCACCGUACUGCGGGGCACCAACUCGGACAGUGUUACUUCGGAAGCGAGCUCGAUGUCGAGUCUCUCAACCCCCACUCCCACCGCCGGGACAUCAGCCAAGAACGUGAUCUUGCACAUCAAGUCGCAGCUGCCGAUCCUAGACGAGGCGCUAGGCGAGCUGCAUGCACAGACGAUUCAGAUGGACCUCCUGGGCGGGGAUCCCCAGAUGGCGCGGGAGAUCGAGGAGCUACGCCGCGAGCUGAUCAGCACCGGCGAGACACAGAAACGGGGCUUGGAGGAAAUCCAACGUAAUGCUUUAGCCAUAAUACAUUGGGCAUCCGGCAGGGCUCACGCCGCUUCUACUGCAGGAUACAUCGACGAGACGCUCUCCGUGGAAGUGCUCGAGACUAUGAACAAACAAGCCGAUGAAGCCAUAGCCUCGAUCGUCGACCAGCUCGUAGACGAGCAAGUCGCAGCUUGUUUGGCAACGCACAUCCCCCAGGAACUGCAGGACCAAGUCGCCGAACAGCAGAAAGAGCUAGAAGAGCUGCAUCGGGACUUGCAUAACUCAGAGAGCCGGCGCGCCAACGCUGCUCUGCGCACGAGCCACGAGGAUGACAGCCUCAACACAAUCCUCAAGCAGGACUGCACGGUGCCGCAAUCGUUCCCGGGGACGUUGAAGGCGCUCUUCGACUUGGACGGCCCCACAUCCAAGGAUCUCAUGACGGAAUACGAGAUUCCCCUGGUCUCCGACUCGCGCGAGUGGAAUCUGAACAGACUCAUGCAGUUCCUCGGCGUGAAAUACCAGAUGGUCAGAGAUGGGCCAGCAACGACAGGCAUGGGAUUUGCAUGAUACAUGUUUCAGUAG